AUGCUCACAUCUGCUCGUCGGCUGGGUGUCCGCCGUGCGUUGGCCUUGCGUGCCGCUCAACAUGGCCAGCCCAUGAGGAGGCAGUCGUUUGGCUAUGGCGACCCUGCUCCCCCAAACAUGCCUGGCAUCGGAGGUGAGCAUCAGCUGUACCCUCCAGAGACAAUGCAGACCACUGCGAAGUAUUUUGCGGACAACAUGACCAAUGUCCCGAAGUACAAGGAAAUCAUUGAGGGAAUCGGCUAUCCUGGACAGAAGCAUUCGGCCGGAGGAGCUUUGCUGAUGGCCUGCCUGCUGGGCGUGAUACAGUAUGGAAUGGUCUAUGUGUUCGCUGUGAUUGCAGAUGACAUGGAAUCCUACUAUGAUCUCAAGGAGGGUGACGGGACAGAGCUCUUUGAUAUGCUCAACUUCGGUGCCUGUGCAUUCUCAUUUGUGCCGGGCUUGCUCUAUGAUUACUAUGGGGCAGCCGUUGCAAUGACCAUCGGCACCGUUAUCGGCGUCGUGCCUAUCAUCGGCCAAUUAGACUGGUCGAAGAUCUUCCCUUCCUUAGACACCUUGACAGGCCUGAAGGUGAGCUAUGCUAUUUUUGGCAUGGCGGAGGCCUUUUUCAGCACCAUCGCGACAUUUGCGCCUUUGGAAGCGUUCCCUGUUCAGUACGUAGGGGCGGUCUCUGCAGCAGUUCAGGUCAGCACAUCGCUGGGUGCCAGCAUUCAAUCCGAAGUGUACCUGCUCCUGAAGGACAACUUUACGAACUUCGUGCAAGUCUACUAUACCUACAUGCUUGUUUGCACCGUCGUAUGUGGUGGCCUCAUGGUAUGCGCUUUCUGGGAGAACAGCAAGCUUCUGCACAGAAGCAAGUCGAAUCUGGCGGACGACUUGGAACAACGCAGCUUACAGUCUUCUCUGUUCAGCAUGAAUUUCCUGUACAUGUGCUUACUCUUCUUGUUGGGAGUUGGGUUUGUCUUCAGCUACUUGGAUGCUGCAGGCGACAUCAAUGCAGCUGCUGGUUUGCCCGCCUCGCGAGCGACGUUAACGUUUGGUAUCUACGGUGCACUUGCGCGAGUUGUGGCCAACUGCGCAUUGGACUACACUCGCAGCAAGCCCAAUGGAGGUCCGUUGACAUACAUUGCCCUGUCACUGCUCUCGCUUGCUGCAGGCUUAGCGGCGGCUGGGACGCCAUCUGAUCCGGACACAGCGUCUGUCCAUGUCAUGAACCUGUUCUGCAGCCUGGGUGCUGGAGGCUUGCUCGGUGUUACACCACCCGCAUUGAGGCUGCUAUUUGGAUCUGGAUCUUUGGGUAUCAUCUACGGGCUGCUCUACCUCCUCACUGCUUUCGGAAUUCCUACUUGGGGCCUACUGCUUCCCAGCCAGGGAUGUACCACGGGAUGCUUCAGAGCUUAUUGCUGCACAGGUGCUGCUCUUUUUCCAGUUCUUGCCAUAGGCGCAUUGCUUCUCGGGCGAGGAGACGAUGCUUCACGAGGCUACGACUAUGGGCGCCCAGUGAUGCCGAAGGGAUGGUUUGCAAACUUCUUCUAUCCUCUGUGGGAGUUCGGCCACAUCGUCUUCGUGUGUGAUCGCUGGCUUGCUUGGCGUUUCCUCCGGCAUUUCAUGGGCUUUCUGACUCCUGACGGCAGUUUGCCUUUGCGGGGUGCCAGGCCGCUUUAG